AGACACCAUUAUGACAUCAUAAAGACCCAUCAUGACAUCACAGAGGCACCAUUAUGGGGACAUAUUAUGACAUCAUAAAUGUUGCAUUAUAACAGAAACAUAUCUAGCUGAUGAUAUUGCUUUGUUCCUACAGUUCUGCAAACUCUUCAAUCGUUCUCCAAAGCCUUGGGUGUAAAUCUAUAUACAUCAAUAAAUUGAAAAUACUUCCAAUUUAUUUGGUAAAUUAUCUGCUGCUAAAACGAAAGAAAUACCCAAUUUACAAUCUUUUAAUCUUUAAAUAAUCGUUUCUGGAGCGACCACUGGGGGUCAGAGUUUACCAACUUUUUCCAUUUAGCGGAACAGUACAACACAACUGAUUGUUUUUCUUUUCAUUUUAUUUUUAGAUUUGGAUUAGGAAUUAGUUACAUUUGAGCUUCCUUUAAUCUACAGUGAUUAUGCAGUGCGCUUUAAGAACCUGCCCAAUUUAGUACGCUUACAGAAAUGUGGAUUAUAUUUUUUAUAUAUCCCUGGGGUACCAGUGGGGUACCAGUGAUGUGCGCGUGCACCCAUUCUGCGCGUGCCCGCGGCCUGUUGGUGAUCCAGAAUAACGGAGCAAAGAUCAUUAUCCUGAAGGAGGAGAGGCCUUGCGAAUAUAUGCCCGACACGCCUCAUCCGUUUCAGAAACAUGAGUUUAUGAGUUAAAUCUCAGGCGUGUGCUCUGCUGGAUUCGGGGAUUUGAGAGCAGAUCCAGAGGUUCGGCCGCCCGUGUGACUCCAGCGGUAAAGACAGCAGCAGCAUGCGUGUGUGUAACUGAAGCGCAUGCAUCCGAUCAGGGCACGGACUGUCGGAACCGAAGCAAGCCGUGGAGCAAACGAUCUCACGCUCACGGGUUCACCGAUCAUCAUCCGAUACAUGUGACCGAACCGCCCGAACCCAUCUGCAGCUUCUCCAACGGGCUGCGCGUUAGCACGGCAGGACAGUACAGAAUGGCUCCACAUCUGGACGUGGCCCGCAAACUGGCUUGGAUUUUACUGAAGUCGCUGCUCCGUUUCACCUUCAUGUUUGUCAAUAACUGUGUCGCCAUCCCGUCCUACUGCCUCUACCUGAUCGUCCUGCAGCCUUUAAGAGUUCUGGAUCCCCACACGUUCUGGUUCAUUGAAGGGGUGAUGUUCAGGUGGUUACUGGCGAUGGUGGCAUCUUGGGGCUGGUGUGCGGGCUACACAGUGACAGAAUGGGGUGAUGAUGUGAAGCCUAUGUCUGAAGAUGAAGCCAUGGUUAUAGUCAACCAUCAAGCUACAGGAGAUGUUUGCACCCUAAUGAUGUGCUUGCAGGACAAGGGCACGGUUGUACGAAAGAUGAUGUGGUUGAUGGACCAUGUUUUUAAAUAUACCAAUUUUGGGCUUGUGUCCUUGAUUCAUGGAGAUUUCUUCAUCAGGCAGGGCAAAGCGUAUCGAGAAAAACAGCUAGUUUACCUGAAGGAUCACCUGGACAAGUAUUACUACAGUAGAGACAGGAAGUGGAUUGUGCUGUUUCCUGAGGGCGGGUUCCUAAGGAAGAGGCGAGAGACAAGUCAGUCCUUUGCCAAAAAGAAUGACUUGCCUAACUUGACUCACGUAACAUUGCCACGGUUGGGGGCCACACAGAUUAUCCUGAAGAGUUUGGGACCCCAGCAGGAAAACGGCAUCCUGGGAACAGAAGGAAGUCCGCCAGAUCAAUGUAAUAGAUCUAAAGGACUACAGUGGGUAAUAGAUGUGACCAUAGCCUAUCCUAAUGCAAGACCCAUGGACAUUCAGACAUGGAUUUUUGGAUAUAGAGAUCCAACAGUCACACACGUGCACUACAGGACAUACCCUAUCAAGGACGUCCCAGUUCAGCCAGACGCUCUUACAGAUUGGCUGUAUCAGCGAUUCGUGGAAAAGGAGAAACUUCUGGCUCACUUCUACAAGACAGGAUCUUUCCCUCCACUAGAUGGCCAAAAGGAGUUGGUUUCCCGAAAUAUGACCCUUGACUACGUUUGGCUGUUUUUUGUUCAAACGUUUGCCUUUGCCUCAGGCUACAUGUGGUACAGCAUUCUACAUCACAUCUACUGUUGGUUCUUCUGACAUCUCUGAGGAGACCCUGACACGUGGGAUAAAGGAGGGAUAAAGCCAGAGACCAAGAGCUCCGAUUGCCGUUCUCCUCUGCUGGAUGGUUGAAUGUAACCUGCAAAUCGACUCUAGUUUCAUCCUUACUUUGGACAUCCACCCAAUCCCAGCUGCUUGCGCAGACUUGUCUAUCCUUUAGAUCUUCAUUAGAACCAGUACGUUUAAACAUGCGAGCUCACAUGCAGAGAGAAGAUUAUGCACAUUUCAAUGUUUACUCAUGCACAUGUGGACACACUUUGUUUUGUGUUUUGUUUUUACUUACAAUCAAAAUUAGGCUCAGGAAUAAGCCAGAGAUAGAUCUGUUAUGUUCUCGCAUUUUCAUGUCCUGCCACGUGAGCAUCUCCACCCCCCUUUUUUAUCGUUAAGAGACUAACUCCCAAAUAGGAUGACUGAAUUUUUCUGAGACUGCUGUCCUCUUUGAAAUAGCCUCCUUUGGCUUUCAUUGCACUAUGAAUCAUUGUUCGCCCAUUCUGUGCCCCCCCAACGGAAGACCCUCGGUUUGUGCUGCACACAUGUUAUUUCUCCCAAAUGGCAUUUUUGUUUUGUCGACUGGAUGCUGUUUUCUUUGUGUUUUGUCAGUAUUGCGCAAUGGUAGAAUAAUUGUGAUGUUUACACUGACUCUGCGCCUAUAGUUUGAAGAGGAAAUCUGGGGAAUUUAGUUAACAAACAAUAUCUUGGCCAGAAGAUGGUAUCCUUUGGUGGACAUUCCACUGUCAACGCCAUACAGACACAUCCAGGUGCACCAAACAGCUGCCACACAACCGAUUCAAUAGGACAAAUACCCCUCAACUCAAACGUUUUACAAAUAUUUAAGCCAUAUGCUUAUAUCUGGGGGUCAAAGAGGGGUCAGACAUUCUAAUGAAUGAACUUGUUUAUUGUCCUAAAAAGGAUUUUAAAUUUUAGUUUAUUUUUAAUUUUUUUUCUCAUAUCUGUAAAUGUGACAGCGUAACCUGCCUGUGUGAUUGUGUGUGACUGCCCAUUUCCUUUAUUAUUUUUAGAUGCUCAUAAUGUCUGGUAGCUUUCAUGUUAUAUCAGUGCCAGCGAAUAUCUGUUUACUAGUUGAGAUUUUAAUUUCAUUCUAUUUUCUUUUUUAAAAACAUUUUUAUGGGGUGUUUAAUCCUGCACAGAAAGGAGUCUGAGCUGUAACUGCAGCCCUUCAUCGAGUCCGUUUAAGCAUUUUUAGUUUUGAAACAUCAUCAAUGUUCAAGAAAGCAGAAAAAGCAGAUGGAGCAUCUGUCCCGGCAGGUGCUGUAGUUGCUCUCGGUAUCUGAGCGUCGUCUCUGCUGCCAUUUGUGCUCCUCUGGGGUGAUCACAUUCGCUCAUUUUGGAUCAUCAAAUGAAACAAUGUUUCAUAACUGCUGCCGGACAGAAUCAAGGAUGGAUUAUGGUCAUAAUUCUGAGAGAAAACAUCUCUGUUGCAUCUUGUGAGUCUCAUUGACAGACUUCUGUGGAACAAAAAAGGAGAUGCCGAUUGAUGGCCUAAGUCACCAUUCACUUUUCAACUUUUUUUCCAUACAGUGAAUGUCAGUGGUCAUUUUUGGACAAAAUAUUCCUUAAAAGGGAUAGUUCACUCAAAAAUGAAAUUUCCUUUCAUGCCAUCCCAGGCAAAUAUGACUAUUUCUGCUGUAGUACACAAUUGAAGAUUUUUAGAAGAAUAUCUCAGCUCUGUAGGUCCAUACAAUACAAGUGAUGGUGGCCAGAUCUUAGAAUACCCAAAAAAUCACAAAGGCAGCAUAAAAUUAAUCCAUAAGACUCCAGUGGUUUAAUCCAUGUCGUCUUAAGCAAUAUAUUACAUGUGGGUAAGAAACAGAUCAGUAUGAUAUUUAUUUAAUAUAAAUUCUCCUCCCUGUCCAGAAGGUGGCGAUAUGCAUGAAGAAUGUGACUCCAAAAACAAAGGUGCGCUUAGGAGGGCUGUUUGAAAGUGAAGAUUUGUAGUAAAAAUGUUGAUUUCAAUAUUGAUUUUUCACCUGCACUUAGCAUAUCACUUCUGAAGAUAUGGAUUAAACCACUGGAGUCAUUUUGAUUACUUUUAUACUGUAUUUAUGUGCUUUUUGGAGCUUAAAAGUUCUGGUCACCAUUCAUUGCAUUGUAUAGACCAACAAAGCUUAAAUAUUCUGCUAAAAAUCUUUGUUUGUGUUCAGCAGAAGAAAGUCAGUCAUUCACAUCUGGGAUGGCAUGAGGGUGAGUAAAUGAUGACAGAAUUUUUAUUUUGGGGUGAACGAUUCCUUCAACAGCUGUUUGUCUAUUUAUAUCAGCCAUAACCCAUUCUUGAACAGAAGGAUCAAAGAUGAAAUGUUGUGUAAAGGCACAACAUUUUUGAGACUAGCUUUUGACUAUCUUGAGAAAAAUGGAUCCGAGCUUAACAAGCUAAAAGGAAACAUUUUCCUCAAGCUUGAAACAAAAUUGUUGAAAGCCUAAUGUUUGUCAUGUGUGAAAUUGGAUCUGUCUGUGUGUGUUGAUGGGGAGAAUGCCAUGAUUGCAUCGUUUUUUGUGUGCUCAUGUUGAAAGGGAAUAUAGGUGUGGUCCAGCAAUAACGCACUAAAAAUAAAAUACCCAUGUUGUGGCAAUGUUUCGAUGUACAAAUUUAGAUGUUUGUAGAAAUGAUGAAAUGGAUUUGUUUUUCAUAGCUUGCCAGAUUGAAAUGUGAAUGAUGCCAGAAGACUAAAGAUAAGUUAGAUGCUGACUGCAUUCAGAGCAGGCUACGUCACCACAAACUUCUUCCAAUGUGAGAGACAUUGGGUUCCUCAUUUCAUUCUCGCUGUUUGUCGGAUGGAGACGUAACUUUGUUUUCUUAAGUAUGGUUUUAUGUUUAAAAAAACAGUGUGAGAUAUAUCUGUAUAUUAGCAAUUUAACCAAAUUAUGAUAGAAUGGUCCAUAAUUUUCAUUUUGUACUUCUGUUUCUCUUCUUAGCUACCCAGCCAUUUUACAAACACAAUUAAAUUGUGCUGGAAUAAAAAUCAUGCGCAGCAGUGACCCACAGACUCUUCUUUGAGUUUUAUUGAUCUGAAACAUUUAUUGCUGUUGCAUUUGUUCAUUGGGCUGCAAUCAUCAGUCUAUCCUGGAUCAGAAUUUUGGCUCUUUUGUUCAGUAAAAUUCUAAUGUUUCUCAGCUGCUUUUGUGUAUGCAAAGGUAUGGUGAAAAUUGGUACUUUGCUCUAAUAGGCUACAAACUGUUGGUGACUUAUUACUUUUUAGCAAUAAAAACAUAAA